AUAUACCUUAGAAAAGCUGAUGUUAAGCAUACAAACAAUGAAGCCUGUUCUGACGUUAUUGAGGAAAUUGAUGCCAUAAUUGAUCAACAAUGUGCUACUGUAUUCUCUGAGAUACAAGGAUAUAUAUCAAUAGAUUGUUGCUAUAAACUUUCUAGCAUACCUGAUCUAAUGAUGGCAUUAAUUAAUCCAAGAUUGCUAGAUGUUGUCUCAUUUCCCCUUUGUGUCUCGGAGAGAGGUACAGCAAGUGUUGAAGCGUUACCAAUUGUCGUAUAUUUCAGAAUUAAUCAGCUGGCUGUGUCGGGGUUAAAAGUCAAUCGUUUGGAUUUGUAUAGUGAAAAGUAUAAGCCAUUCAAAGGUGUUAAAUAUAUUACUAAAACUAGAAGAUUUCAAGUGUACACGUGA